UUUAGUUUCUUUACUUUCACAAACAAAUUCAUGUCAAAGAAAAUGAAUACAAAAAUAUUGGGUAUUUCUGCAUGUCUCUUAAUCUUUGUGUUGGAUAUCAUUGCUCUAGUUUUUGCAAUCAAGGCUAAGGAAGCUCAAAACCAUGGGAAGCAUAUGAGGAUGUGGAUAUUCGAAUGUAAAGUGCGAAGCCAUGACGCAUUCAUGCUAGGUGUGGCCGCAGCUGUUUUUCUGAGCGCAGCUCAUAUUUUCGUUAAUUUGUUAGGAUGGUUGGUUGUUACUGGACGAGAUGAUUCACAGAAACCUAGCAAGAAGUUUUCCAAAGUUUUCUUUGUUUUGAUAUGGAUAAUCUAUGGAGUUGGUCUCACAUUGUUGUUGAUUGGGACAAGAUCAAAUGAAAAGAAAGGAAUAUCAUGUGGAUUCACAUACCACAAUUUUCUUCCAACAGGAGGUAUUCUAUGUGUGGUUCAUGCCAUCUUAGCUUUGGCCUUUUAUGCUCUUUCUUGAAGUGUAAAGGUAAAUAUGAAGUCAAUUUUAAUAUAAAAAACAGUCACGUGUUAGAAUUAAUUGAGUUGUUAGCUAAUUCGAAUGGAUCAAUUUAUGAUUAUUAUAA